CUUCCACCAUGUGUGUAGACUAUGUUCUCUGGUGGUGCCCGGGGAGCAGGAAGGGGCUGGGUGUCUUGCUCGGGUACAUGUGACAUGUGACACGGAGCAGCCGGGGGGGGGGGUUCCAUGCGCCGCAGUCGCCCCCAUUUACUGGCUCAGGACCACUUUAAAGUCCCUCACUGAUCCCUCAAUGUGUGAAUCUAAUGUUCUGGUGGCCUUUAGAGGAUAAGGAGGAAGUGGACCUGUGUCCUGGACCCGUCUGCCUUUGACCCCCACCCCUCCCCAUGCGACAUCUGGUGUCCAGGUUGAUCCUGUAAUCCCCCGGGCCGCUUACAGGAUUACCAGAUCUCUGCUGGGAGCAGCAGACCAACAUGAUGGAGGCGCUCGGGCUGCUGCUGGUCUGCUGGCUCCUGUUCGGGGUGGAACCGGUACCGGCUCAGGUACGCCACCCUCUGCCCGUGCUCUGGAUGAUGCCUGCGGCCCCCGUGUCGGGUGGGGGGGGAAACCUGGAGGCCGGCGUGGCUACUGCGGUCCGACUGGCUUUGGAGGACCUGAAGAAACAAGCAGCUCCGCUGGGAGACUACGAGAUCCAGUUCCAUGUGCUGGACUCACAGUGUGACUCUUCGGAAUCCAUCAAAGCCCUGUUCGACGCCAUGUGGGUGGAGCCCAACUACCUGCUGCUGUUUGGGGGGGUGUGUCCGUCCGUGACGGCGCUCAUCGCCCGCUCUCUGCCGGCGCUCGACCUGCUGCAGGUGUCCUUCUCAGACUCGUCCCCCAGCCUGUCCAACAGGAAGUGGUAUGGGAACCUGUUCAGCACGGUGCCUUCGGACCGGGCCUUGAACCAGGCCACGGUGAAGCUGCUGCAGCGCUUCAAGUGGACCCGGGUCGGAGUGAUCUCUCAGGAGCAACCCAGACUCUCAGAGGUGAAGAAGGAUCUGAGCAGACAGCUGCUGAAGGCAGAUGUGCAGGUUGUUUCUUCAGAAAGUCUCUCUGAAGACGUCUGUAGCAGCUUGAAGAGGCUCAAGGAACGAGACGUUCGGGUCAUCAUCGGUCUCUUCGAGGAGGAGUCUGUCUCUGAGGUUUUCUGCUGCGCCUACAGGCUCAACAUGUUUGGAGCCCGGUACCAGUGGCUGGUGGUUGAUGGUGGAACAUCUGGAUGGAGGUUUGAAAAGCAGGUUCCUGGAUGUACGGCCAACAGUCUGCUGAUGGCAGCCAACGGAUCCAUCAGGAUGCAGAUAAGGCGGCUCGGUAACGCAAAGACACCGGGGAUCUCUGGACGGACCCCUCAAGACUACCAGGACUCGUAUGUCCGAAAGCUGACCCAGGAGGGGUCGAAGGUCAGCCCCCUCCACUCUUUUGCCUAUGACGCUGUGUGGGUGACUGCCAAAGCUCUGACUCAGGUGAUGGAGGCGAUGAAGCACAGAGAGAAGUAUAGCAGCAGGAGAAACGGGAGCCUCAGUGGGGAAGAAGUCCAGAGGACACUGCUGGAGGCUGUGAAGCAGACGCAGUUUGAAGGAGUCACGGGUUCGGUGUUCUUUCGUAACGGAGAGAGAAUGACGGCAAUCGAUCUGAUCCAGUUUCAAGGCAGCAGUGGGGUGUCAGUGGGGGACUUCAGUACGUCCACACAGCAGCUGCGACUGAUGAGCCACCUGCUGAAGUUCCCAGGACAAGGACCGACCAGAGACCGCACCCUGGUCGUGGUGCAGCGGCAGCAUGUCAGCUUCCUGCUGUAUGGCAUUAUAUCAUCAGCUGCAGCUGGGACCAUCUUCAUCACGCUGGCCCUACUCUUCUUCACCGCCAUCUGCCGCAAACACCGGCCGCUCACGCUCAGCGAUGGAUCGGAGGACGAGCUGCUGCUGCUCGGCGUCCUGCUGUCCUCCUCCUCCAUCUUGGUCUCUGGUCUGGACGGAACCUCGUGGUCCCUCUGGACCUCUGAGCUCCUCUGCUCCGUGCGCCUGUGGACCAUCUCUCUGGGCCACACGGUGGCCUUCAGCGUUCUGUUCAUCCGAACCUGGAGGCUUCACUCGCUCUGCAGCGUGAGACACAAGCCGGCGGGCCGCGUUCUGCUGCUGCUGCUGCUGCUGCUCGAUGUGUCGCUUUUAAUCGCCUGGCAGACCCUGGACCCUCUCAGGAGGGUGGAGCUCCAGCUGAGAACACAGAGCGUCUCGGCUCAGGACGAACUCGUCCAGAUGUUUUCUGAAAGCUGCAGCAGCUCCAACAUGCAGCUGUGGACCACUGCUGUGUGCGGAUCCAAAGCUCCUCCAAUGGCGCUGGGCUGUCUGUUGGUGUGGAGCGUGAGGACACGGGGUCGUCCGGAACCUUUCACACUGUGUGUAGUUGCAGUGACGACCUUCAGUGUGUUCGGCCUGCUGGCGUCACUGCUGACGGCCCACAAUCCUCCCCUCCAGCUGGGAGUCAGCGGCGGCCUCGUCCUCUGCUGCAACCUAUUCGUCCUUGGCUGGCUGUUCGGACCGAAGUUCCUGUAUGGAGACGAUGAGCUGAGAGACAAAGAAGAAGAAGAAGAAGUAGAGGAGCAGAGGGGGAGGAGGCUGAGCGGCCUCAACCUGCAGCUCUGGAGUCACAGCGCACAGCUGGAUUCAGACAUAGAAACCCUCAGCUUGCAGCUCUGUGAGGCGACGCAACCGACGCUUCAGCGCGGGACCAAAGGACGAAACUCAGGCGGACUCAGAUCCGUGAUGUGGUCCCACGAGGUCUUCUAUGAGGAACAGAGCCUGGCUUGCAACUCUUUGAGUCCUGACGGCAUCAACUCUCCUGAACAUGUGAGGCGCCGCCUGUCUGUCCAGCUGCCGAUCCUCCACCACUCCUACCUGCCGGCUGGCGGGGUCAGGGCCAGCAGCUCCAGGCUGUUCCGGGACGACAACUACUUCCUGUUUCCCGACCAAUCAGACGGUGGCUGUGACCAUGUCACUGAGUGCUCACGACCACAGGAGUAGUGACAGAAGGACUCUUUUACUUCUAUACCGCAUUCAUUUGUCACAUUUAUUUGCCAACAGUGUUGGCUGCCCAAAAAUGUAAUCUGUAACGUAUUCCGAUUCAUUAACUAAUCGGAGUAUUGUAUUGUGAAUACUUGGAUGAAUAGUU